AUGAAGAAGAAGCCGGGCAGUGGGCGGGGACCGGACCCUGCGGCCGCCCAGCAGCGAGCCCGGUCUGUCACCAAGCCAGCGGAGUACGUGGGAUCCUUCGUGGUGGAGGAGUUGGACCUGCAGCAGCGAGCGGGGUGGUUGGAAGAGCAGCUGCGGGUGCUGAAGGACUGUCCCAGGAGGAGGUCGGUGGUGCUGAGGUUCAGCUUGCAGGGGCUGAAGGUCUACGAUGUUGAUGGGGAGACGCUGCUGAUGGCACACGCGCUGCGCCGCAUCCUGUACAGCACUUGGAGGCUCCCCGACCACCAGUUCGCCUUUGUGGCCCGCAACCCCUACAGCCCCCCCAGCACCCUCUUCUGCCAUCUCUUCGUGGGGCUCCCGGGAGAGGUCCAGACCCUGCACCUCCUGCUCUGCCGCUCCUUCCAGCUCGGCUACCUCCUGGCGCACCCCGAGGAGCAGACGGGCGAGGGGGAGCUCCCGGGGCCAGGGGUGCUACGGGAGCCCCUCAACCCAGAGGAGGUGUCACGAAAUGUCAACGCCCUCGUGUCCUUCCGGCGCCUGCCCGCGCCCGGCGGCCUUGGCCCGCUGGGCACCGGGGACCGGCGGCCGGAGGCAGAGGGCAGAGCAUGGCGCCCAGGGAAUCCUUACUGCUCGCCAGUGCUGGUGCGCAAGAAAGCCAUUCGGAGCAAGGUGCUGCGCUCGGGAGCCUACCGGGACUGCGGGGGCGAGGGGCAGCUCCACCAGCAGCCCCGCGACGGCGGUGAGUGCCGGGGGGAAAUUGAGGCACGGGGACACACAGUACCACUAGAGUUUGGGGGCGAAGAGGGGAUUAACGCUCCCACAGCGGCGGCGGGAGGGGAAAGCAAAGGGGCGAGGAGCUUGCCCUUCCUGCCUGAAAAUGAGACCGUCCUCGCCGAGAGCGUGUGGGCCUUCGCCGGCAUCGCCAGGGCUGCCGGGAUCGCGCUGCUGCGGCGGGACGUGCCCGGCGCUUUCCUGCUGCGCCCCGAGCCCGGGCUGCCCAAGCGCUGGUGCCUGUGGGUGCGGGCGCCCUGCGGCGUCGUGUCCUACGGACUGGUCAGGACACAUCAGGGCAGGUUCUGCGUGGAGCACUCCAACGCCGAGUUCUCCAGCGUGGCCGCCCUUCUGGCCCACUACUCCGGGCCACCAGGGGGCUGCUUCUGCCGCCUGGGCCCCGGCAGAUGCAACCCCGGCUACGAGGAGCGGGACCCCAGCGGCGGGGCCAGCGCUAGCGCCGGGGCGGGGGAGGCUGCCUGGGCACCCGCCGCCCCCAUCGGGGUGCAGCACGAGCGGGGAUAG